AUGAUUAAGAAUCGUUUAAAUGAAUUACAUGAAAAUUAUUUGAAUCAUGGAUUAUCAAUCUCAUCAUCUGAUUCACCAAAAAGUUCUAAGACUUUUAUUCAAAGUAAUAAAAAUAAUGAAUUAAAUAAAUUAUUUACAUCAUUAGAAACUAUAAGAAAUUAUAUAAAUAGGAUGGAAGAGAUACUUGAAAUUGUUGAAAAAAAACAAAGUGAAAUAUUACUAAAACCUGGCAUUAAUGAUUGUGCUAAUACAAUUUUAAAUAUUUUAAAUGAAGAAUUCAAAGAUCUUACAAAAGUUUGUAUGGAUCAGGUAAAAUCCUGGAACAAUGAAAUAAAAAGCAACAACACUGCAAGUUUAACAACAAUUGAAAGAAUAAAAAAAAAUCAAAUUAUAUCAAUAAAUAUAAAAAUAGGUAAAAUAGUAUCUAAAUAUAAUAAUUGUCAAAUGAAUUAUCGUGAUAAAGCUAUUAAAAAAAUGACAACAUAUUAUAAAUCAUUAAAUAAUAUCAUACCUGAAAAUGUUAUAGAAAAUGCAAUCAUUUCAAAUGACAUACAAAAAUUAUCAGAAUCAAUUAUUUUAGGAAAGUAUAAUAAAGAGAUUAUACUUGAUAAUAUUAGCGAAAGAAAUAAAAAUAUUAAUAAUUUAGAAAAGAAUAUUCGAGAACUUCAUGAGAUGUAUUGUGAUUUGAUGAUAUUAACAGAAUUACAAAGUGACAAAGUUAAUUGUAUAACAAAAGAAAUUGAAGAAACUGUUGAACAAGUUGAAAAAGGAAAGAAAAGUAUUGACAAAUCAAAAAAGAACAAAAUUCGUAGUAUUAAGUUUUAUAUUUUUUUUUAUGGUGCUGGUUUUUUAAUAAUUUUAUUCAUAGUAAUAACAAUUAAAAACUUUCUAUUACAUUAA